ACGCAAGCAGCCUCACACGCCCCCUCCUCCUUCCUUUACCCUGGCUGAAGCCCCGCUAUCUUUAGCACCGUCGCGGAUUACCCGUGAACCGCGAGUCUGGAAGACAACCUGCUUCGCCGCGACAACCGAAGAGCGCUCUUUAAAACCAGCUACACUGCAACAUAAAAACCCACAAAAGAUGGGGGAAUGACAACAAAUUUCCCGUCCGCGGUUCUCCGUUCCCGACAAGACUACCACCAACACCACCUCCACCACCACCGACGAUGCUGCCGCUCUCCAGUCCGUGGAGCGAACGUCAACGCCGGGCCUCGACACUGCUCCUGGCCGCGGUCGUGUUCUGCAUCGUCCAAGCCGCUGCUAGCUUUCCAGACAAAACGUGCCCUCGAGCCAUCGACUGUGCCAAACAGGGACGCCUUCUGUGCAAGACAGGCGACUCAAUCUGUGGCCCCUGCCUCUCAUACCUGGUGGAGAAUGAGAUGGGUCGCUGUGUGGCCCAGAAGAAACAUCGUCGUCACGAUAAAGCCCCAUUAUAUCCAGACUUGGAUGAAGAGAUCGAUUUCAUCCACUCAUACAUUGAAAAACAGGAGGUGUCUGCGAUUGAAACACCCAAAACACAAUUGAAACCUCCCGGGGCAGUCUUCUACACCAAUGGCGGAAGCAAGAUAGCUGCCUCCGAACAGGGGCAGUCAGGCCAACUUAGCUUUGCAGCCAAAACCCGUAACGGCACCGCUGCAGCCUCUGGUCGAGCAGGUCUUACCAAUACGUCCAACCCCCAGCCUACCGGAGUAGAUGGACGAGCAGGUCCUCUUAUAGAGAAUGCCCACAAGGACGAUAAGCUCAUCAUCAUUGUCAUUUCCAUUUUUGUGGUGGUUGGCACGAUAGCAUUGAUCCUGGCGACAGUUUGCUAUGUCAAGUUGCAGAAAGAAUCACGCCUUGCUCAGAAGGUGGACUAUCCCGCCUUCAGGGGAGCAGGUGUGACCGCCUCCACAGGACCAAGUAAAUCGAUUGGGGAUAAAACUUUAGCAGAAAGUGCUCAAAUGUACCACUAUCAACACCAAAAACAGCAGAUGCUCUCCAUUGGAAAUCACAAACCGGAACAAAAAGUCAUUGACGCCGAAGUCACCUCAGAUGAGGAAGAGGCUGGUGACUUCACAGUGUACGAGUGUCCAGGACUUGCCCCGACCGGCGAGAUGGAAGUGAAAAACCCUCUGUUUGACGACUCCAUGCAUUAUCAGGGGAAUCAAAAGUGAAUGCUCAACACACGUGCAAACACUCACACUGCAUGCAGACAAAUGGAGGAACCUGGCAGAAGAUGAGACGAUUAAAAACAACAACAAAAAACCUACGUUUUUCUCUCUAUUGGCCCUUUACUAAUUCUUCCCCGCCUUCUCUAUGCCGCCUCCUCCCGCUUUUAUGACCCUCGUGUAAUGUUGGGUUCUUUGUGGAUUUUAAGUCUUUUAACACAAAGGCUCUUUGAGUUGUUGCUGUGAGCGUCAUGUCCUCAAUUAAAUUUUAAACUCUUUACGUUUCAAGUUUUCUCCCCGUUAUUUCCGCAGCCGUUUCCAAAGACGGGGGUACGAAAGCUGCAUGGUGAGGAAACACACAUACAUAAGCAGAAAAACAGGUGCGUCAUCUGUAGCUUGUUGCUAAACCAAAUUCCGAGCAGGAAAUAUUUAACAUACCAUCUCUGAAAUUUUCACAUCGCUGUCGACGAUUUUGAUUUCUGUUCAUCGAAGCUGCACAUCAUGAUUUUAUUAUAUAGAUAUAGAUAUAUUCAUAUAGAUAUAUAUACAUACAAACACACAUGAAGUACUUUAUGAUGUCUGUUGCAUGGUUUGACCGUACUGUGUUUGAAUCAUGGCAAUGCAAGUCCUUCCGCCUGCCGUUAUGUAUGCAGCCUGUCACUGGAGGAAGAAUGUACAGUCAAAGUGAAUGGGGUAUUUGAAUGACAUUUUCGGGGAGGGGCUAAUAGGCCUUUUGGGGUGGGACAGACUAUAUUGAUAGAUGUGUCGGUGGUCAAUUUCACUAUCUUGUGUUGUCCCGCUCUAUCCUCUUGUUGGUCCCAAAGUGAACCUCCUGCUGCAAAAAUGUACAUAAAAGAGUGAAAAUGUUCACCUUUUAUAGGUAUUUGUACAUGCAGAACAAGGAUCGGUAAUAAAACUUUUUACCAUGUCAA